GGACAGGCGGGGGCUGGGGAUGGUUCCUGGAGCGGAAACCCCUCCAGCGGAGAAGGCCCCCGGAGGUGCGGGUCCCUGCAGAGGCCCGGAGCAGCCACCCCAAGAGCACGUCGCUGCAGGAGGAGCUCAUCCCUCGUCCUAGUCCGAAAGGGCCUGCGGGGCUUUGCCAUGUCGACCUGGCUGCCGGCGGCCAUCGCGGGCUACCUGUUGCUGGUUUUUCAGGGGUCCUCCGCAGUGGUAGAAAUCACCGAAAGAAGAGUCGCAGCAGAAGGAUCCUCCGUGCUGAUGCAUGCGCCAGAGACCGAGAACAUAAACCUCACCGAGUGGGAAUACAUAAGAAGCACUAGCCCUGAAUUCAUCCUGCAGUACUAUGCAGAUUACCAGUCCCCAACCAUUUACGCGGCUUACCAAGGCAGGGUGGUUUUCUAUCCAAAGAAUGGCUCAAUUCUCCUCCAGAGGUUACGAGAAACAGACAGCGGCAUCUACAGAGCGACAGUUAAUCUGAUGCAGCAUAAAGCUAGGACAACCCUCCUUGAAGUUAUCAAGCCCGUGCCCCAGCCCGAGCUCCGGAGCAGUUCAAACCUGGCAGGUUCACCCAUCGAGCUGGUCUGCGUGGUGCCAGAGGGAACGGUGGCUUCCAUCUCCUGGAAGAAGGAGGGACAUCCCCUUCCCCCCGAACAGUGCUACCUGCUCUCUGGAGAUACCGCCGUGCUGCAGAUAAUGAACGGAGAGAAGUCGGAUUGCGGCUCCUACUCCUGCAACGUCAGCAACGUGAUAAGCUGGAAGGAGGCGGCCCUGAACCUGACGGUGACAGGUCUCACACCUCCUCUACGCCACGUGCAGAGGCUGGUCAUCGUCGUGCUGAUGUACGUCGCCGUCUCCGCCGUCAGCUUCGUUGUCCUGCUCUAUCAGAUGAGGGAGCGAGGAUUUGGAGAGGAAGCAAUGAAACCUACAGUUGUGUUCACCCACGGACUGCUGUGUAUCUCCUCUCUCCUCCUGUUUGUCACCUCCAUCAUCUGGAUGCAGGAAAAAGGUCCUUCUGCUCCCUUCGUCUUGCUUGGGCUGUUCUUCUUUGCUGAGGUAGUAGCAACUGGCCAGGUGGCAGCAGCGGUGGUGUGGAAACCAGCAGCUUUCAGCUACUUCAAGAUGGAAAGCUGGCACCAAGUCAUCCAGCACGCUGUAGCCCCCACAACACUGAUCAUCAACUUGUUGGUCACCACCCUCUUGCUCUACAAUAUCCAGCAGCUCCAUGAGCAAGGCUGCUCGGAGGCCGUUGAUCUGUACACCAGCUGUGUGCCUGCUGCUGCAGUGGUCCUCCUGCUGCUCCUGCUCCUCCUCCUAUGGUGUUACAGGAAUAAGCAGCAGCAGCAGCAGGAGCUGAAAAUCCAUCACACCACCCAGUCCGCGGAAGUCACGGUCACCUUGGUGGUGCAAGGAAACCAAGGACCAGGGCAGGAAGGGAGGUAAAGCGUCGGCCCUUCGCAGCCGGGGAGCUGCGCUCACAGCCGGAGGCAGCCGGGAAAGAUGCCCGAGGAGCUGGGAAGCCGCAGCCAGGCGUCCGGAAGCUCUGCCUCUACCCCACACCUGCGAGGUCAGGCUCUGGGCGAAAAUCUUGCCAAAAUGUUGUCAUGCAGAUCGCCACGCCGUAGCUCCAGGUGACGAAUGAUACCCCCACAGACACACACCCCCCCCACUUUCCCUGCCCUCUGUUCAUAAAAGCCAGGCUAAGAGAAAAUACGGCCGUUGCUCUUGGUGGUGCUGGUCGUCAGCCAAGCCGGGGCAGCUUUUCCAUGAGCCAGAACUUGGGUCGGGCUCCAGGCUGGAGGUUAGCCGUCCCCACGAACGCUGUCGCACCACAUGCCGCCUUUUUUGUUAGUGUGUUAAUGAGUCAACAACAACCACCAACCCAAAAAAAAAAAAAAAAAAAAAAAAAAAGCCAACCCCAACCAAAAAGCCGUAAAUGUCAAUCAAGGGAGCAAGCUGAUGCUCUGGAGCGUUUUGAGGAAUUCGAUCCAGUUGUCCCAACCGGAAUGUACUGCUGCUGUUAAUUAGCAUAGCCAGAUGCAGACGAGCAGAUUAACGCCCAGCGUUAGCCACUGGCCCGGUCCGCGUUCGUUCCAGUGUACACCGUGUGUACCGCGCUGCCGAGACGCGCUGCUGCCAGAGCCGCCCUGCCUCCGCGUCUGCUUCUCCAGCUUUAACCUCACCCCGCUUCGCUGUCAGCAGAGCUCUGCCCACGCGAGGAUUUCGGUGUCGCCACCCGUGCGCGGCGUUGCUUCCUCCUCCUGCCUUUCUAAGCUCCUUUUUAAGGUGCGGUGAGCCGGGCUGGCGGGUCCCGGGGUGGCACUCUGCUCAGCUCUGCACCAUCUCCUCCGGCUUGCUUCCUCUGGGUUUUACAAGACGAAUGUCCCCGUCUCACAUCACCGUCCUCAGCACCCCCCGCCCAAGCCCUUGGCUGUCCGCCCUACGCCCGCUCCUGUCCUUCCUUGUUUGCUGCCAGCUCCUCCGGGCACCCGUUAACCCCGCGCUCCCAGCCGUGGAAGGGACGCCUUGCCUUUGGGCAGGAUGACCGGGAAAGGACGCUCCAGCCCUUGUGUACCUGCGAGGUGUGAUUUUUCCCCCCCCCCCCCCGUAUUUUUCAAGCAUCCCUGAACUACGUUGGCCUGAGCUGAUUUCCCUUCCACAGGACACUUAACCGACCUGGCGUUCAUGCUGUAGCCUUCAGCAGUUUCCUUUGCAGGUUGCAGCAUUUUAGGUGACGUUGGCCGUUCUGCCAAGUUCUGCCCCUUCUUUGUCCCCGUUGGCCAGGAUGUCAGUUUUAAAAUGUGUAAAGAAAUAAACCCCUUAUGUUGCUUUUGUUCUUCACUUUGUUAUAGCUGCUCUAAUAAAUGCAUUUCACACGGA